AUGGCCGACGACUACGACAGGAGUGAGCGCGAUCACGACCAGGACGAUGGCCACCGCGAACGCGCCCGCUCUCGUUCCCGCUCGCCUCGCCGCCGUUCGCCGUCUCCCCGCCGCCGCUCCCCUUCCCCUCGCCGUUCCUCGCACCGCGACCGCUCCCGCUCUCCCCGCGAACGCUCUCGCUCUCGCUCACCUCGCAGGAUGGGCACCGACCGCGAGCGUGAUCGCGACCGCUCCGACCGCGACCGCGAACAUCGCGGCGGCGCAGGUGCAGGAGGCGCAGACCGUCGUGCUCCGUUCGACCCGCACCGCAAGGCGAUGGCGCGCGAGAUCGCGGCGUCCGAGGCGGCCAAGCGCAGUCGCAAGGAGUGCAGGGUCUACGUCGGGAACCUCGCUUUCGGCGUCAAGUGGAACGACCUCAAGGACUUUAUGAGGGAGGCCGGCAACGUCGUCUUUGCGGAGAUCAUGCUCCUGCCGAACGGCAUGUCGAAGGGUUGCGGUGUCGUCGAGUACAGCACGCCUGAAGAGGCGCAGCGCGCUAUCCGCGAGCUGAGCGACCAGCAGCUCCUCGGCCGUCCCGUCUUCGUCCGCGAAGACCGCGAGGACGAGGCGCGCUACGGCUCGGCUGCCAUCUCUGGCCGCGCAGGCUUCAUGGGCCAAGGCGCGGCGUUCCCUGCUCGCGGCGGCUUUGGCGGUGGCUUCGGCGGUCGUGGCGGCUUCGCAGGUGGCGCAGGCUUCGGAGGACCCGUCGGCGGUCAAGGCAGGCACUUGUACAUCACCGGCCUUCCCUACACGGUCGGCUGGCAAGACCUCAAGGACCUCUUCCGCGCCGCUGGCUCGAUCAUCCGCGCCGACGUCAAGAUGGGACCUGACGGCUCGCACUCGGGGACCGGCACGGUUGUCUACGAGACGGCACAGGACGCGCAGAACGCUAUCGCCAUGUACAACGGCUUCGAAUUCCAGGGAUCUGUCCUUGAGGUUCGCGAGGACCGCUUCCCGCAGGGUGGGCACGGUGGCGGCGGGUUCGGCGGACGCGGCGGCGGCUUCAUGGGCCGUGGCGGCUUUGGCGGCGGAUUCGGUCGCGGCGGGUUCGGCGGAGUUGCGCCUGGAUUCGGAGCGGGAGCGUACGGAUACGGCGCGGCUGGCGGGUUCGGCGCGGCUGGUGGCUUCGGUGCAGGCGCAGGUUUUGCGGGCGUUCCUGCUGGACCGGGCGGCGGAGCAGUCAUGCCGCCGUCGCAGCAGAUCUACGUCAGGAACCUCCCUUACUCGACUUCGAACGAGGACCUCGUCGAACUCUUCCAGACGACCGGCACUGUCGAGCACGCCGAGGUUCUCUUCGAGCACGGCAGGUCGAAGGGCGCGGGUAUCGUCCAGUUCGCGACGGUCGAGGAGGCGCAGACAGCCAUCACGAGAUUCAAUGGCUACCAAUACGGCGGUCGCCCCCUCGCUCUCGACUUCAACGCGCGCUGGAAGCCUUUCGGCGCCCCGGGCGCACCUACGGGCACCGUCGACGACGCGACGUACGAUGCUGGCGCCGUUGCAGGUAUGGAGGGCGUUCAGGCUGCCUGA